AUGAAAGGAUGUUCUAUUUUCAGAUCUGGGCAUUUUUUAUUUCUGCUUUGUCUUUUUGCUGUGGAAGGCAAAAAGUCACCUACAGGAAAACAUACCUGCAGAAGAGGGCUCCUCUCCCAGGUGACAGAGAACCUGUAUGUCAAGGCAACUAGUUUAAAAUCAUCUGUUCCUAAGGAUCUCAUCAAGACCACGAGACUGCUUAAAAAGACUACAAAAAUGCUGUUUAUGACAAACUGCAGUGUUCGAGAUCAGCUCCUCUCCUUCUAUGUGGAAAAUGUCUUCAGUCGUCUUGAGGUAGGAAGUGACAAGUUGUACUUUAUUAGUGCCUUCCAGGUCCUGCAAGCAAACAUGGAUGCCUGUCUUCCGUGUGCUCCAUCCACAAGGUUAACAUCUGCAGUCAAAAAGUUAAAGAGAAUGUUUCUGAAGCUUGGAGAUCAGGGAAUCUACAAGGCCAUCCAUGAACUGGACAUUCUCCUUCCCUGGAUUCAGGCCUACAUACAAACCAUCAUAUGA